AUGUCUUCAAGUGACUUAGACGUAAAGGAUCAAGGUUUGAUGCAAAUUGCAUCAGACGACCUCAAUGAUAACGCCAAGCAAUUGCACGGUACUACCGACACCAACAGAGUCGAAGCUGACGUUACCUUCAAGGCUUACAUGAUGUGUGCCUUUGCCUCCUUUGGUGGUAUCUUCUUCGGUUACGAUUCUGGUUAUAUUUCCGGUGUCAUGGGUAUGGAAUAUUUCAUUGAUACCUUCCAAAAGGACCAAAGAGAUAAGCCAAAGUCUGAAAAGUCCUUACCAUCUUCCAGAAAGUCGUUGAUCACUUCUAUUUUGUCUGCCGGUACUUUCUUUGGUGCCAUCAUUGCUGGUGACUUGGCUGAUUGGUAUGGUAGAAGAUUGACCAUUAUUGCCGGUUGUUUUAUUUUUAUGAUUGGUGAUAUUUUGCAAGUUGCUUCCUCCAGUUUGGGUUUGUUGGUUGCCGGCCGUUUGGUGUCUGGUUUUGGUGUGGGAUUUGUCUCCGCUAUUAUUAUCUUGUAUAUGUCUGAAAUUGCCCCAAGAAAGGUUAGAGGUGCUUUGGUCUCUGGUUACCAAUUCUGUAUUACUCUUGGUUUGUUAAUUGCUUCUUGUGUCAACUAUGGAACUGAAAAGUUGAACACCUCUGCAUCGUACAGAAUUCCAAUUGGUUUGCAAUUGUUGUGGGCAUUGAUCUUAGGUAUUGGUUUAUUCUUCUUGCCAGAAUCUCCAAGAUUUUUUGUUAAAAAGGGUAACGUUGCCAAGGCUAGGGAAGUUUUGGCCAGAUUAAGAGAUCAACCUUUAGAGUCUCCUCAAAUUGAAGAUGAAUUGGCUGAAAUUGUUGCUAACCAUGAAAUUGAAAAGAAGUUGAUUCCACAAGACUCUUACUGGAGCUCUUGGGCUGCUUGUUUCGAAGGUUCCAUCACUAACAACUCCUCUAACCUCAGAAGAACCAUCUUGGGUAUGUCCUUGCAAAUGAUGCAACAAUUCACCGGUGUUAACUUUAUCUUCUACUUUGGUACUACCUUCUUCCAAGAAUUAGGAACCAUUUCCAAUGCUUUCUUGAUUUCUUUAAUCACCACCUUGGUCAACGUUUGUUCGACUCCUAUAUCCUUCUGGACCAUUGAAAGAUUCGGUCGUAGAACCAUUUUAAUCUGGGGUGCCAUUGGUAUGGCUAUUUGUGAAUUCAUUGCUGCUAUCGUUGGUACCGCCAAGGAAGGUGACAAGAAUGCAAUGAAGGCAGUUAUUUCUUUCAUCUGUAUCUAUAUCUUCUUCUUUGCUUCCACUUGGGGUCCUGGUGCCUGGGUUGUUAUUGGUGAAAUCUUCCCAUUGCCAAUCAGAUCUAGAGGUGUUGGUUUGUCCACUGCUUCCAACUGGUUCUGGAACUGUAUCAUUACCGUCAUCACUCCUUAUAUGGUUGGUACCGAUCAAGGUAACUUGGGUGCUAAGGUCUUUUUCAUCUGGGGUGGCUUGUGUACUUGUUGUAUUGUCUAUGCUUACUUUUUGGUUCCAGAAACCAAGGGUUUGUCUUUGGAACAAGUUGACAGAAUGAUGGAAGAAACUAACCCAAGAGGAUCUGCCAAGUGGAGACCAACCACCACCUAUGCUCAAGAAGUUGGUUUGGUUGACGCUGCUAAGGCUGACGUUGAACACAAGGUCUAG